UCAAUCAGCCGUCAGUUGCCGCCGGUCCCGGGGAUUCGGCGUUUGGGGUGACGGGUCCUUCGCAACCUCGGAGACAAAAUCAGACUCCAUUUGAAAAGAAAACUGCCCCCCUCCCCCCACACACACUGCAAGGAAUCUCCCCUUCUUGUGCAAUAGCUCCUCCCUUCAGUUUGUUUUUUUUUGCAAAGAAAAAAGGGGGAAAAUAGGCGUUUAUUUAAUCCUCUCUCUGGCAAUCGAUCCGGCGUUGGAAGUGUUCGGGAGAGGGAGCCGCUGCAAGGGUCGGUCCCUCUCGGAUUGAAGCCGGAGCAGUAACAGGUGCAGGGAGGGCGGAUGGCCAGAGAAUCUGUGCAAGUCCCAGACGAUCUGCAUUUUACCUCUUUCAAGGAAGAAUGCAAUUCCGAGAAAGGCUGGUGCCUGAAAUACAAGCGGUCCGGGAUCACCGUGUGGAUUCAGAUGACGGAGGAGGAGAAAGCCCUGCAUAAGAUUAAGUGCCGGAUGUUCUGCAAGGACCUGAGCGCGGACACGCUGUACGAUGUCCUGCACGACGCCGAGUACCGCCGCAAGUGGGACGAGAACAUGAUCGAGACGUUCGACAUCGGGAGGCUGACGGCCAACGCGGACGUGGGUUACUACGCCUGGAGGUGCCCGAAGCCCUUGAAAAACCGUGAUGUGGUCACUCUGAGGUCGUGGAUACCCGUGGGCCAUGAUUACAUCAUCAUGAACUACUCAGUGAAGCACCCGAAAUACCCUCCAAAGAAGGAACGAGUUCGAGCUGUCUCAAUCCAGACCGGAUACUUGGUAGAAACCAACAGUGCCAACAGCUGUACCCUCACCUACCUGGCCGAGGUUGACCCGAAAGGUUCGCUGCCAAAAUGGGUGAUGAAUCAUUCGUGGCAGCUUCUUGCCCCCAGGGCCAUGAGGAAGAUUUACAAAGCCUGCCUCAAGUACCCAGAAUGGAAACAGAAACACAACCCGUCCUUCAAACCCUGGGUUCACCCAGAGCAGAGCAACCUGCCCACCAUCCCGCUCUCCGAACUCUCCAUCCAGCACGCCGAUUCCCUGGAAAACAUCGACGAGAGCGGGAUCCUCGAGGCCAAGGAAGAGAAGGCGGAUAGCAGCGACGAGGACAGUGUGAACUGAGGAGCAAGGGGUCUGUAGAACCCACCCAGUCAGUGCUGGCCUCGCGCAGAAUUUGGAAUAAAGUGCUGCUUGCGUUUCAGAACGGUUGUGUCAGGUUCCCUGGGUGGGAGGGUGGAUGUGUUUAACAUUGGUGACUGAUGUUGUAGCUUGUCUCUGCAAACCCAUCCUGAUGUGCUUUUAAUGGAAUGAACAGAAGGCCAUUCAGCCUCCAGAUGUGCACCACCUCCCUGCCUCUGAUCCUCCCCCCGCACUGUAGAACAUAGAACAGUACAGCACAGGAACAGGCCCUUCGGCCCACCAUGUCUGUGCUGAACACAAUACCGAACUAAACUAAAUCUCUUCUGCCUGCACGUGAUCCACAUCCCUCCAAUCCCUGCACAUUCAUGUGUCUGUCUAACAGCCUCUUAAACACCACUAUUGUAUCUGUCUCCACCCCCCACCCCUGGCAGCCCGUUCCAGGCACCCACCACUCUCUGUUUUUUUUUUAAAAACUUGCCCCACACAUCGCCUUUGAACUUUCCCCCUCUCACCUUGAAUGGUUUCCCUCCAGUAUUUGACAUUUCCACCCUGGGGAAAAGAUUCCGACUCUCUACUCUGUCUAAGCUUCUCAUAAUCUUAUAAACCUCUAUCGGGUCUCCCCUCAGCCUCCACCGCUCCAGAGAAAACAGCCCAAGUCUGUUCAACCUCUCCUUGUAGCUCGUACCCUCCAAUCCAGGCAGCAUCCUGGUGAACCUCUUCUGCAGCCUCUCCAAAGCCCCCACACCCACCACUCUCUGUGUUAAGCAACUUGCUCCACAGGUCUCCCUUAAACUCGUCCCCUCAAAUGCACCUCCUCUCGUUCCUGACAUUUCUGUCCUGGGGUAAAGAUUCUGAUCCCCUUCACCAAGAAAACUCUGCCGUGGACCCUGAUGUCCAUUGUGGGGUGGCCUGGGUUGUCUGAUACCCCUUGCAGGGGGAAGGGGCGAGAGUCUCUGACAUUAUCUCACCCCGAAUGGCCCGGCUUGAAUUUUGAGGUCCCCCCUGUGGUCAACCGCUUGGUGAGAGAGCCCCUGAGUCCUCGACAGGAACGGGAGCCCAGUCUGUGUGACCUGCCUGUGAACUUUAACCCUGUCAGCCCCAGUAUCUGAGGUGUGAUUGCCUCCCAGGCCUGAGAUCAGUAGCUCCUCCCUGUCUGGUACCCGGAACUGAAGGCAUUUACUCUCCAUGGAUUCAACCGGAGCUUGCCUGCUUCUUAUGGGAGGCCACUCAGCCCAUUGAGUCCACGCCAGCUCCCGAGGGAGCAAUCCCACCAGUCCUAUCCCCAUUCUUUAUUCCUGUAUAGCCCUACAGCUUGUUCUGUUUCACUUGCCCAGCUGCUCCCCUUCGCAACUUCCUUACACCGGGGGCGAUUUACAGCCGGUGAUUAACCCACCGACCCCACACGCCUCUGGGGUGUGGGAGGAAACUGGAGGGUCUGGGGACAGCACAGUGAUACAGCUGGUAAAAUUGCUGCCUCGCAGUGCCAGAGACCCGGGUUCAAUCCCCACCUCCGGCGCUACGUGCGCAUGGAGUUUGCACGUUCUCCGUGACCGCGUGGGUUUCCCCUGGGUGCUCCGGUUUCCUCCCACAUCCCAACGACGUGCGGAUUGGUGAGUUAAUUGUCCACUGUAAAUUGCCCCUGGUGUGUGGGUGAGGGGUAGAAUCUGGGGGGAGUUGAUGGAAAUGUGGGGAGAAUGAAAUGGGAUUACUGUAGGAUCAGUGUAACUGGGUGGUUGAUGACCAGCAUGAACUGAAUGUGCAGAAGGGCCUGUUUCUGUGCUGUACCUCUCUAUAACUUUAUGAAGCCCACGCAGUCACAGGGAGAACGUGCAAACUCCACACAGACAGCACCGAAGGCUGGGAUCAAACCAGUGCUGUGUGUCUGUGGAACAAACCUCCAGCACACAGGCCAGCAUUCUAUUCGCUGCUUCAAUAACUUUCAUACCUUCAGUGCCAGUAUCUCUUGGUUCCCCAGCUGGAGACACAGAGACGGCUGAUGCUGGGAUCUGGAGCAACACACAACCGGCCAGAGGAACUCAGCGGGCCGGACCCUCUCUCGGUCCUGACGCAGGCCUUCAACCUGAAACUUUGCCGAUUCCUUUCCCCUCGCAGGUGCUGCUCGACCCGCUGAGUUCCUCCAGCAGAUUAAAACCUAGAUCAGUGCAGCACAGCCACAACGCUGUGCCGAACUUAUUAAACUAGUAAUUAAAAGCCUAGCUAAACAAAUCCCUUCUGCCUACACAAUGUCCAUCUCCCUCCAUUCUCUGCACAUCCAUAUGGCUAACUAACAGCCUCUGAAACCCCUCUAUCGUAUCUGCCUCCACCCCCACCCCUGGCAGCACAUUCCAGGCACCCACUGUGUGUUUUUUAAAAAAACUUGCCCCGCACAUCUCCUUUAAACUCCCCCUCCCCCACCUUAAAUGCACGCCCUCAAGUAUUUUACAUUUCCACCCUAGGGGAAAAGACUCUGACGGUCUAUCCUAUAUCUCUGCCUCUCAUAAUUUUAUAAACCUCUAUCAGGUCUCCCCUCAGCCUCCGAUACUCCGGAGAAAACAACCCGAGUUUGUCCAACCUCACCUUGUAGCUCAUGCUCUCUAAUCCAGGCAACAUCCUGGUGAACCUCUUCUGCACCCUCUCCAAAGCCUCCACAUCCUGGUUGUUUGCUGUUCCCAGUUCUUUAUCUUUUGAAAUUGGAAUUGGUUUACCUUUGUCGCUUGUGAAAAACUUGUCUUGCAUACUGUUCAGACAGAUCAAUUCAUUACACAGUGCACUGAGGUAGUACAAGGGAAAACAGCUACAGAGGAAGUGCAGGGAGAUAAUAAGGUGCAAGGUCUCUGAUUGCCCUUGUGGAGUAUCCCUCGCACGCUCCUAACCUGACCUGCCUCUGUGGCUGCUUUGUCUGCUCCUGUAGCCUUUAGGAGAGUCUCCCCCAUUCACAGGAAGUACCGGGACUCUCCACAGUGUCAUCUCUUCCUUCCUCCAGUUCAUUCCCGGUAAAGGAUGUGAUGGGAAUCCACCGCGAAUGGGUGGGUGGUAUCCGUGGAGAUGAGGUGAGCCCCCACCAAGACGUGUGGGUGGGGGGUGGAAGAGAAAUGUCUACCGCGUAACCCUGCCUCUCUGAAUCCUCCCUCCUUGGGCUUGGGGGCACCAGGGCCCAACGUUGAUCUCCUAAACAAGGUGGGAAGGAUGUCAUUGAUACCAGAUCGAAUGGGCAGAGUCCAAGGUGGGAGGGGACAGGGAAUGCCUAAGUGGAGGGCUAGGCUACACUUGCCUCACCAGCCCACCCCCCGAAGCUUCCAGGGCUAACACUCAGAGUCAGGCCGGCUGUUAAAAUGGUGAACACAUCUCGGUGAGGGCCAUCGUGCAGUUGGGAGGAGAAUUUCCACUCUCUCUAAGCCCAGUCAACGUUGCUUGAGGUAUUGUCACGGGUUUGAGUGAGUCAGGGGGUCCCCUUAGACGCACUCUUGCCAGGACGUCCCAGACCAAAACAGGCAGCACACCACGGGCAGGAACCUCGAUCUAACUGUACCUGUUCCCAACCCUCCGGAGUUGUCCUGGGAGCAAUAGAUCAACUGACAAUCCAUGGAGGUGUCCCACCAAAGUGUUCAUUUUAACCUUGAAUAUAUUCUUCCUGAAAAAUGCGGUGGAGAUUUGGAGAUGGAAGGCAGGCCAGAGAGGAGAGAUCUUGGCAUCGUCUCCACCAGAGCUGGGAGGUUAAUUGGCCAUUAAAUGUCCCGUAAUGUGCAGGUGACAGGAGAAUGUGGGGAGAAUAAAAUGGGAUUAGUGUAAAUGGGUCCUCCAUGGUCAGAACAGAGUCGAUGGGCUGAAGGGCCUGUUUCUGUGAUCUAUGACACCAUCAUGGUGCCUGUGAUGUUCAGCUACCCAGGACUGACCACCCCCCCCCCCCCCCCACACACACACACACAGGCCUCUGAUUAGUUCAGAGGGGACCCCUGUCUUGCUAUAUUGGUCACCGUUACUCCAAGGUCCUACCUACCCUGCUGAAACUCUCACCCAUGUCUCCAGACUCCACCUCUCCAGCUCCCUCCUUCCACACUGUGUAACCCAGAGCUCGCUCCCAACGCUCGCUGCUGUCUCUGUCCUAGCAUCAAGUCCUGUCACCCGUCCCUCCCCUUCCUCCCUCCUUCUCUCUGACACUGGCUCCUACUUAGCUAACUUACCUCUCUCUCGCUCUUGCUCGCUCUCCCUCGCUCGCUCUCUCUCCCCCCUCAAGCUCCACUCCCCCCUCUGAUUGCUGAAUUGCUCCUAUUAUCCACAUCUGUCUGUGCCUGCAGCUGCCCGGACCCCGAGCUCUGGACCUCUCCCUGAACCUCUCUGCCCCCACCCUUCCUUUGGAACCUCCCUCCAUCAUCUGGCCUUUGGCCACCAGCUCCAAACUAACUGGGUGGAAAGUUUUCUUUGGCCUGGCCUCUUUUAGGUCUGACGUGCUUUAUCUCUGCAAGUUGUUGCCUUCAUGACUGUGAGAGAGGGAGGGUAGACAAUGCCAUUUUGCACCUGGUCUGCUUGCCUGCCUUCUUGUACCUCGUUCACUUUCCCCUGAAGAUCAUCUGAUCCCCUCCGGUCCCAGUGGGAAUGCCACAUCAGACCUAAACCCUCCCCCCCGGGGAAGAGGAUGCCAGAGAGGCGUAUCUCUCCUGAACCGCUGAUCCUUUAUCCCAGGACUGUGUUCCCCAGAGAGAGUGUGGCCUAAGACUGAGUUGUGAUCCCAUGUGACCACUUCCUUGGAUUCAGUGGUAGGAGGUUGAUUGAGAGGCAUCAAUGGGAGGAAGGGAGCUGGAGAGAUUCAUAGAAUAAAGCAGAGCAGUUCAGGAACAGGCUGACCGUGGCACCAAAUUAAACCAAUCCCAUCUGCCUGCACAUGGUCCAUCUCCCUCCAUUCUCUGCCUGUUCAUGUGUCUGUCUAAAUGCCUCUUCAACGUUGGAGACACAAGAGAUUCUGCAGAUGCUGGAACACACACAGCACUUCCUUCCAGCAUUUUGUGUGUGUUGGCACUUCCAUGUUGUAGUCGUGUCUGCUUCCCCCACUACCCCGGCAGCACAGUCCGGGAACCGUAAACGUUCCUGUUCCUGCCUCCACCACCUCCUCUGGCAGCCCAUUCCGCACACCACCUGCUGUGUGUGUGAAACAUUUACCCCUCAGAUCUCCUCAAAACCUCCUCCCACCUUAAUCCUCUGCCCUCUAGUUUUAGACACCCCUCCCAUGGGAAACAGACUCUGGCUGUCUACCCUAGCCAUGUCCCUCAUAAUUUUAUAAACCUCUAUCAUGUCACCUCUCAGCUUCCUUCACUCCAGGGAAGUUAGACCCAGCUUGAUAACUCAAACUGUCCAAUCCAGGCAACGUCCUUGUGAAUCUUUUAGCACCCUCUCCAGCUUGCUCACACCCGUGGUGACCAGAACUGCACACAAUACUCCAAGUGCGGCCGAACCAACGUUUUGUACAACUGUAACAUGGUCCAAACUCUUAUAUUUAUUUCAUUGACCAUGCAAGCAGUUAACUAUGCAUCGUACCAAUUUGCAGUAUCGCAGUGUUGCUGUUGUGAUGUUCUCUGGUCACAGUGGAGAGAUGACCUCUGGUGUUGUCUGUUUAACUCCUGCCGUUCACCUGUAACUCCCCACGAAGGGAGAGACACUGAAAAAUAACCUCUGCCGUUUCACCUCUGGAUCAUCCAGGCAAUCAGUCUUUGUCUCAAUCACAAUAUGUUCAACCCGGGAAGAUAUAUAUAUGUAGAUAGUUAGAAAAGGGGAAUUAAAAAUAAAAGUGUGUUGAACUAUUUUUCAACCAGAA